AAAGUUUCAGUGCGAUGCGUGCCGAUGCAGAAAAUGAAGUGUCGUUAUGGUGCUGAUAAUGAAAAACAUGGCAUACUCAUUGUGCCACAUUUCGUCACUACAUCAACAUUUAUACACCGAAAAGCCUACGCAAAAAAUGGAGGAACCAUAUCAUGAAUUGUACGAUGUGGAUGUGUUCUUGGCAAAGGCAAAAGAAAUGUCGGAGCUCAAUCCACCCGAUGUGGUGCUUUUUUCCGAGUGCAUUUGGGGCGCCGCUACCGUUUGCAUAAAAACGUUUUUUCUUGAGAAUUUCGGCACGUUGAUAAAUAGUCACAGAUCAAUCGAAAAAUUUAUGGAUGUUGUUUACAGCGUAGUCCCACCCAACCUCUCUGUUAGACAGAAUUUAAUGAAUGCAUUUAAACAUGCUGAACUAUGCCACGAAAAUUUCUACAAGCUGUUAUACGUGGAUAAUGAUUGGAGAACCAAAUAUACUAAUUCGGUGCUAACUUUGCAAACAUUUUUCAAUGAAGUGAAUGCCAACGGAACAAUGGAGAACUUAAAAAAAUGGUAUAAAGGUGGCACUCUUCCAGGUUGUGAAAAGUUUGCUGCCUUAGCAUGGAAUUUAUCUGUAGAAAGCACAGUGGCUUAUGGAAGAAUAAAUGUUACAUACAAACAUGUAUCGUAUUGAUUACAACCCGUAUAUUCUCUUUUUCUCAUUGUCGUAUUCUGUGAUAGUUUGGCAUGGUGCAACUUGACAAUUUAAUUUUUUUUUCGUGUAUUUAACCAAUUGUAGAAUGAACUUUUUGAUUAACUUGAGAAAAU